AUGCAUAUUGUACUAUAUUGGCUCUCUGGUCUUACUUGCAAUGAUGAAAACUUCAUUAUCAAGUCAGGUGCUCAGCGAGUUGCAUCAACUGAAGGCAUUGCUUUAAUUGUUCCAGAUACAUCUCCAAGAGGCCUAAAUAUGGAGGGGGAAGCAGACAGUUAUGAUUUUGUCGUUGGUGCUGGAUUUUAUCUUAAUGCUACUGUAGAAAAAUGGAAGAACUGGCAAAUGUAUGACUACAUAGUCAAGGAACUUCCACAACUUCUAAGUGAUAACUUCCCUCAGCUUGAUACAUCAAGGGCAUCCAUAAGUGGUCACUCUAUCGGUGGACAUGGAGCACUUACAAUCUAUUUGAAAAACCUAGACAAAUACAUGGUAUGUUUGAUGUUUCAGAAUCAUAUGAUAUUUAUUGGGAUCAUUUUGUUCAUCUAUUAAUUCUUCUUUUUGCAGUUGGUAUCAGCAUUUGCACCUAUUGUGAAUC